AUGGCUCAACACAACAACAACAACAAUUUUAUGUUGGAUGACGACCCAGAGAUCAAUCUGAAUUCCCCAAACCUUGCUGCAGCACUUGUGGUUAUUGGGCAGACUGCCCGCAAUUUCAUCACUCGCAUGAGCACUGUCUUUCCAGGUCCAACUGUACCAGAACAUCGUGCUAAUCUAGAGAACAGGAAUAAAAAUUCACUGACAUACAAGCCAUACAGGCCAUACACCUCUUUUACUCCUGUUGUCCCGCGCGAAGGGCAACAUUCCAGCCACUCCCUGCACCGUGUAUUGCAGUCUACCCCUACAUCUUCCCUGUUGAAUGUUGCCUCCCUCCAGGCCACAACCACUGAAUCUCCAUCCUCAUUUUCUGCUUCUGCUUCAUCAACGUCCCCUGAUUCUCCAUCCAUCUCAAUGACCGUUUCUCCGGUCAUCCCUACUAUGCGUCCUGAUGCUUCAACUUUGAUUCCAAUAACAGCACUUCCAUAUACAUCUACUGCAUCUACUCAUCUGUCUUCUCCAACAACUGCCCCUAUGUCCAUCUUAGACACUCAACAGACCGAUAAAAAUGAUACUAUUAUGGAUGAUAGGCCGCCCUCCCAAGCCGAUCGCGAAAUCCUGAUGGAUCAUGACAUACCAACAACUGCUCCGCCCCCACCUACAAACCAUGUCACCAGUCCUAAACCAAUUUCUGGUCUUCCUCUCAGCUCUGGACGAAUGAGAGCACUGCCCUUGCCAUCUGUUACAGAAUCUCAUCUGGGACGUCUGGUAAAUCAGCAACUAUCUCAAAUAUCUGAUAAGGUAGUUGUACCUGCUCUCAAGAGUGCAGUCGACACCAUGAUACCAACAUUAAUUGACUGGAUAGCGAGUGAAAUUAAGAUCAUGCACUCAACCUACUCACACAAUCCUCGUGUUCACAACUCUUGUGCCCAGAAACAUGGUGGUACAUCUGAAGAGGAUGAUACUAGCAAGCCUGAAUGUGACGAUGAUCUGAUGCCUUCUGCUCGCAGGAAGCACCCAGGGAAGCAGGGUACCAAGAACAAUUUACAUACAGGUUGUUAUCCAUUAGUAAUUUUUGAUGAAGAUAGGAUGAGCCUCGAUGACCUGCACGUGCUCUGCAUUAUCAAGCUUCGUCAAACUCAACAAGCCUAUCGAGAUCAGAGCAAGAUAGCAGGAUUCACAGAUGUGCAACAGAGAAAGGAGGCUACCUGUGAACUAUCUUCUUGUAGUACUUGGAGGCAACGUCUGGAUAGGCUCAACACUUGUAAGCAUGGGACGCUCGAAAGAUGUCAAAAAAUUGCUGAGCAAAAUUGCCACCGCGAUCCUCAAAUGUGGGACGCCAUUAGGUGCAUCAUUGACCAGUUGGAUGUCAAUGGCAUGAGCAGGGAUGAAACAGACACCCCUGUUGGUGUGAAACCAAAGGUUGUGAGGCAUGUAGCUCUCCUGUGGAUUAGCUCAGCAAUCACUGAUCUACUUCACGCUGUUGAGUCCUACGCCCCUGCGAUGUACGAGGAAAAUAUGACAAUUCCAAUUGGAAACACAUCGCUUUCUUGCUUCAUGGAGGCGAGAUGCACGUCUAAAAACUCUAUUGCAAUCACAUGGUUGCCUCGUAAUUGGUAUCAUGAUGAUUGGUACAAAGCUAAUUCAACCAGUGCUCAGGCACUUCUUGACAUUUGCAAGGACUUCGAAAUUCCCCACUUGCCCAAUGCAGAGCGAAAAGCAGGCACACUCUAUGCAAAGGCAACAAUGAUGUGUUGGACAACAUUUAUGGUCUCUUUACCUGUAAAAUCUUUCGGGUUGAGCGACGAGGAACUGGAUGACCUGAGAUGUGAGCUGGACUCAGACCCCCUCAAUGUCAUCGUGAGUAACAGCACUCUCGGAAGUUUCAUCAACUGCUCAAAGAAAUAUGAGGUGCCAUUCCUGAACGAGAUGCUUGAGUUCAGCAAAACACUAAAUGCAAAUGGCGCAGAAGGCGGAUAG